UCUUUAAAGCAUUAACUGAAGCUGGCUGGGCUCCUUCUGGGAGUGAAGGAAUCCCAGGCCAUGCUCCUGCAACCUGUCCAUUGACCUCACUGGGGAAAGACACGUGCAAGGACUGCGUGAUCCAGCCCAUAACAGGACUGGAGCUGCAGAUGAGGACAACGGAGUUCUUGAUAUUGAAGCUGGAUCCUCCCUGCUGUUGAGCAACUGCAACUCCCAGCACUGAGAAGCAAAGGAGCUCCAGGAUUGAGUCCACUGCUUCCCACAGACAAAGGCUUUUAUCAGAUGCACCUGUGUGAGCAUCGUUCUCCACUGGGCAUUGGGAUGGCAGCCAGGCCUGCCGGAAUCCCUGUGCCGUGCUUGAGAUAGUGACCGCGUCACUCGCCCCAUGUCCUGAGUGCCAAGGCCAAGCUUUUACCCUCUGCUCCCCUCUCUUCCUGGCACCCUGCUGAUCUGACCGCUCUGUUCUUCUUCUGUGACCUCUUCCCAGGCCCUGGUCUUAAGGGGAUGCCGGCGGGUUGUGUUUUUAAAAAAAAAAAAAAAAAAAAAAAUCAAAUCAAAGACCUGUUAAAAGCAGCCCAGGGCUGGCAUGAUUCAGUGCCAGCACCCAUGAAGAGAAGGCCAUGCAACAGGGAGACUCCCGCAUGUGGCUGGAGGGAAGUGCCCGGUGUGCUAAUGUUGCCUCAAGCAGGUUACUUAUUUUUGUUUUGUUCCCCUCGGUCUAUUUAAAAACUGCUCUUGAAUUGCCAACACCAUCAGUCAUCAAUGAUGCCAGUGAAAACGUGGCUUGUGAUUUAACUCUCUAAUCUGUAGACUGGGGGGGUUUCCGUUCCUCCCACUCUUGCUCACUCUUCACUUGUGGACUGGAAUUGAAAGGGCUUAAGGAAAUACUUCACAAUGUCCCUGGUUCCCUCUGUAGAGAGGUGACCUGCUUCCCCCUCGCAGGUGUCUAUGAUCGAGGCUACAAAUUCUCCGGCCCGAGGGUUGUGUUCUGCACUGCCUUUUAUUCUGAAUUUGGCCUGGGGGUGGCUGUACAACUAGGAGAAGGAGCAGUUCCUGGCCCCGGAGAGCUGAUCCUGAGAAGGGUCGACCACCUACGACUGCUCUUUGUUGGCACCUCUCAGAAUUGAGCCCUGAGUCAGACAAGGUAAUGGCUUAAAUGCAAGGCCACGUGGUGACCUGACAGCAGGUGCCUGAGGGCCGCAGUGUGGCCAUGCGAGGAAAGGGAGGCGGCGUGACACUACACCAUUCAGCCUGGAGCAGGGCACUGAAUGUCACCACUCUUCCUCCCCCCCCACCCUUGUGGACUCAGCCCCACUGCUCUGCGGGGGGUGUACGGGGACAACCCCGCUUCCCACUCGGGCUGCAUGUCUGACCAGAAAGUCUCCCUGGGCUGCUGUAGGCUUGUUCUAUCCCCAGACUGCUUAAACUCCUGCCAUCCAGCAACAGGCUACUGGCUCUAAACGCCACCGGCCCCAGAUGGAACAUGACCCUGCAGAAACUUCUGCUUACUGCCAGAGUAAGUAUCCCCGCUAUUUAUAGCACGGCCUGGCUUUCUCUUCUGAAUCAACAAGGGGAGGGGUUUUCUGCUCAUACCCAUAUUCGCAAGCGUGAGGGAGGUGGCAGGGGGCACUAAUCUGCCUGUCCCAGAGGCAAGAAGGCUGCCCUGGCUAAGCCCCGUCCCGCGGAGCCAAGAGAAUGUCUAGGGAGACCUUCGCGUUCACUUCCUCCACCCUGCGCGCCCUGCGCCUACAGAGAGAGCGGCUGGAGUGGGAGGAUCGUCGGAGGGCUCUCUCAAGGCAAUGCCUGACCAGGAGGUUCCCACCGGCCACCAGCAGCUCCCUGCUCCCCAAGCCCGCCCGGCGUCCCCAAUACUGCCGGGACCCUGCUGUCCACAACAUCCUGUACACUGGGGACUUGCAGACUAUCAAGAGCAUCUUCAAAGACGAGGCUGUCGCGAACGUGAUCGUGGAGAUGGUCAGCGAGGAGCUGAUGUGGGCGGCAGAGCUGGGGUUGUGGGUGCUGAGCCCUCAGAAGAAGCACACCUCCCCCUUGCGGAUCGCGGCGGCCAGAGGCUACCGGGACUGCGUGAAGCACCUGAUUCUGCAAGGGGCAGAGGUCGACGCCGUGGUGGGCGGGAAGGCCGCCCUCCAUGACAGCUGCAUCCACCAACAUGCUGACUGUGCCCAGCUGCUCCUGAGCUAUGGUGCCAAUGCCAACGUGCUGUCGGAGGAGGGGCUGGCCCCGCUGCAUCUCUGCACCUCCCCGGAGACCUUGCGGUGCGCCGAGCUGCUUCUGGAGCACGGGGCCCUGGUGAACCUGAGCACCAGGGACCGGCGGACGACCCCGCUGCACGUGGCCGCCGAGCACGGCCUGGAGGCCCACCUGCAGCUCUACCUGGGCUACGGGGCCGCCCUUGCCCACCGGAACCGGGAAGGGGAGACGGCCCUCAAUGCCGCCUGCGCCAGCUCCGACAGGCCUGCCGAGGCCGAGCGCUACUACCGGGUGGCCAAGCGGCUGCUGGAGUGCGGGGCCGACGCCAGGACGGCCGGCAGGAAGAACCACACCCCGCUCCACAACGCCUGCGGCAACUGCCAGCCCCGCCUGGUGGAGCUGCUGCUCCAGCACGGGGCUGCCGUGAACGUCCGCAACUGUGCCGGCUACGCGCCCAUGGACUGUGCCCUGCAGGCAGUGGAGGAGUGCCCAGACGGGCAGCCCGAGAGCAUCAUCGCCACCUUGCUGGCUCACGGGGCGGCGGCCAUCCACCCCAAGAUGCUGAAGUUCUGCUCCUUGGCCCCUCGUGCCCUGGAAGUCGUGCUGAACUCCUACGACCGGAUCCCGUCCUGCGAUUCCUGGGUGGAAGUGGUGCCUCCGGAGAUGUGGCAGGAACACAAGAUGUUUUACGACUCUGCUCUCCAGAUGACGAACCAGCCCCGGCAGCUGCAGCACCUGGCGCGCUGUGCCGUGCGAAAGCACCUGGGAGGACGGUGCCAUUCUGCCAUCCCCGAACUCAAACUGCCCCCGUCUCUGCGGGAUUAUCUGCAGCUCCCUCUUGAGGGCUACAUCCGAUGAAAGUAGAAGAUGCAUCCUUCGGGCGUGAUCUUUGGGGAAUAGCUUUGAAUUGCUGACGAGUGACUAGAGAGAGCCAGUGGGCUUCAACACAGGCUGAGAUCCCAAGGCAUCAGGGGCUGUGUUCUGUCAGUUGACUCAUGCCAAGUAGUAGCCCCGUGGGCUACUUCUAGAGUAAGUUGCUGAUCAGCAUGAGUGAGGUUGGCAGAAUCUAGCCUUUUCUGAAUAUACUUUUAUAACAGGGUUUGGCUUAUGCUAGCACCAGUUUCCACCCUGCUCUACUGCAUAUAAUAUGAGGACAAAGGACGGUCAAUGAAAUUCAAAAGCGGCAUACUUAAACCUGACACAGCAGAAUAUUCUUCCCCAUGCAGUACCUAGUUAGUCAGUGGAACUCACUGCCACAAGAGAUCAUUGAAGCCAAGAGCUGAGCAGGACUCAAAGAAAGGACUGGACAUUUCACUAGAGAACAAGGAAAUGCUGAGGUAGAAUAGCAAAGCCUUCUAAAAUACAAGAGUCUCUAUAUGUUUAAACCCUUUCUGCUUCAGGCCACGAGCCAAAUGCUGACGAAGGGGGUCAGAAAGAACGUCUCACUCUGAGGGGAACGGGGAAUGUUUCAUCCUUGUCCCCGGGGCAGGUCCUCCCACAGCAGCCUUCUGCUGGGUUUUCUGCACCUUCCUCUGAAGCAGCUGAUACUGCCCCCUGCUGGACACAGGACACUAGGCUGGAUGAUCACUGGUCUGAUUGAUGUCUUUGGGGUUUUUUUUGUUUUUUAAACCCUUCUUUCUAAAUACCAAGAACUGGGGUCAGAAACUCCAGUCUUGGGGAUGCCGGUACCCUCUGUAACCAGGGCAUCGUUUUGGAUCCACAAACGGGCCAGCAGCUGAAAAGCACAAAACAUGAACGCAGAUGGAAUCUGCUGCCAGGUUUUGCAAUGCCUGUGGCUAAGGCCUGAUGCCUGUUGUGUGUAUCCCUUCCAAACUGGAGCACUCAUUCAGGAGUGUGGUGUAAAGACCUAAAUGGACAGAGCCCUAGGGAGUACCAGCCCAGAAGCUCAUCUUGUCCUGUGUCCAAGAAUUGCCCGUUCCAGCUCAUUCCAGAAGAGAGGUCAAGGAUACCGCCAGUGACCAAUAAUGGAAUAACCUCCCCAUAGGGGAAGUUUCCUCCUGACCCCUCUGUUGGUUUAUUCCUUGAAGCAGGAAUGUUUUUAAAAAUACCCAGCUCUCCAUCUGUAAAUCUCAAAGCAGUUAAAGGCAGGUCUGUUUCAUUCCCCAGCUGUAAAGGGGGUAAACUGAGGCAUGGGGCAGUAGAAGUGACUUGCCCAAGGUCACCCAGCAGGCCCGUGGUAGAGCUGAGAAUCGAUCCCUGCUCUCCAGUCCACUGCUCUAGCCACUAGAACACAUUGUAGCCCUUCCAAGGGAUUUUAAAAACAACCUUCUAAUGUAAUUAUGGAUGUUAUUAUUAUCCAGUCUUUUAACUUGAAUCCUGAUUAUGUAUUUUAAUCUCAUGAGCUCAAAAACUGCCUGCAGUUUGCCCUUUAGGGGCAGCCUGCGUUAGUUUCCCCAUGUAAAAUAAAAAGCUAGAGCAAAUAUA